AUGCUUGCAUGUAGAUGCUCGGCAGACACCAUCAACGAGUAUUUAAGAUUGGGUGAAUCUACAACCCUUAAAUGUUUGCGCAAGUUUUGUUCCGUUAUUGAAGCCGUGUGUGGCCAGUGGUACCUCCGUCUCCAAAAUCCGGCCGACCUUUACAGGCUUUUGCAUAUGGCUAGUCGCAGAUUAUUUCCAAGCAUGUUAGGCAGUCUUGACUGCAUGCAUUGGGAAUGGGACAACUACCCCAUUGCUUGGGCAUGCCAGUUUACCGGCUACCAGCAUAAGCCAACUAUCGUUCUAAAGGCAGUGGCCUCGUAUGACACUUGGAUGUGGCAUGCCUUUUUUGGAGUCGUCGGAUCGAACAAUGAUAUCAACGUCCUCGCUCAUUUCCCUUUGUUCAAUGAUGUAGUCAAUGGAGUUUCUCCCCAUAUCCAAUAUAUUGUUAAUAGAAAUGAAUACAAUCUGGGUUAUUACUUGGCUGAUGGUAUCUACCCUAGUUGGGCUACAUUGGUUAAUACGAUUUCCCAACUGCAUACUCCAAAAAAGUACUAUUUGUCCAAAAACAAGAGGCUUAUAAGAAGGAUGUCGAAAGCCUUCAGAAUACUUCAGGCUCAAUGGGAAAUUGUUAGGGGACCUGCAUGUAUGUGGCGUAAAGAAUAA